CCAGCCAGGUAAGCAUAAUGCAGGUUGGCAAAUGGAGUUUUUCGGUUUCUCUCUCUAUUUUGGGGGAAGAGAGAGAGAAACGGAAGAAAUGACAGACUGGCAAUGAGGAGGUGUUUGUAGUUGUGAUAGGACGACCCUUUGGUAUUUGGAUCUUCAAGAAAAAGAGACACUUGGGAUUGAGUCACCAUGAGUCUCUUCGGUCUUGGAAACAGAAACCAAAAAACAUUUCGUCCAAAAAAGAGUGCCCCAUCGGGAAGUAAGGGUGCUCAACUUCAAAAACACAUCGAUGCCACGUUGGGUAGUGGAAACUUGAGGGAAGCAGUUAAACUGCCUCCUGGUGAAGAUAUCAACGAGUGGCUAGCUGUAAACACUGUUGACUUCUUUAAUCAAGUGAAUAUCCUGUUUGGUACACUUACUGAAUUCUGCACAGCAAAUAACUGCCCUACAAUGUCUGCCGGACCAAAGUAUGAGUAUAGAUGGGCUGAUGGUGUUACUAUAAAGAAACCAAUAGAGGUGUCUGCUCCAAAAUAUGUUGAGUACUUGAUGGACUGGAUUGAAUCUCAAUUAGAUGAUGAAACAAUAUUCCCUCAAAGAUUGGGGGCUCCCUUUCCAUCUAAUUUCCGAGAUGUUGUCAAGACAAUCUUCAAGCGAUUAUUCCGUGUAUAUGCUCACAUUUACCAUUCUCAUUUUCAGAAGAUAGUGAGUUUGAAAGAAGAAGCUCACCUUAAUACUUGCUUCAAGCACUUUGUUUUGUUUACUUGGGAAUUCCGUUUGAUAGACAAAGCAGAGUUGGCACCUCUUGAGGACCUUGUUGAAUCUAUUAUUCAGUUAUAGUGUUAUUGAUGUUUUCUUCCAUAGUUUUUUGGGAGGUUAAACACUGGAAUCUUGGCCAUACAAUUUUGUGCCAUUGUAAAAAUACUUGCUAAAUGAAAAGUCUUUUUUCAA